GCAAUGAGUCGAGAUCGUCUUGCAUGAGAUCAUGGAACCAGAUAAUAUAGAGAAAAAUAUUAAUAUAAACAAAGAUUCUCGAAAUUCGCCCGAUGAUAAAAUGACACUCAGCUAUCAAAGUAGCAAUGAAAGUGGAUACCAAACACAGAACAGCAAUUUCUCCGAGUCUCUAUCUGAACAAUUAUCCGAAAGCUUCAUUUCGAACGACUCCAAACGAAAGUAUGACUUGAUUAACAAGACGCCGUCCAAAUAUGAGAAUAAUGAUUUCGCUCUGAACGGGAAAAGUCCAAUGAAGAGUGGAGGCAAGAAUGCGAUGCAUUACCUCUUGGCGUCAUUUAGCCGUAUGUCGCCUAGAUCUUCGCCAGCUCAGAAGAAAGCUAAUUUAGGAUCGCAUCUAAAUUUGGUGUCAAGCAGCAACACCAGUCCAGAAGCAUUGAAACAAAGUACACCAUUAGAGACACAGAAAGCGAAACGAGUACUGUUCCUACAGCCGACAGACCAAUCAGUCGAAACACAGUUGCCUUCAUGCGAGGGAUUUACGAAGCCUACUACAUUUAACCGACUACUCGGAAAGACGAACACUCUAUUCAGGCUGCCGUUAGCCUGCUCGCCACAAAAGAAAGGCCAACAAGCUCUGAUAAAUAAUAUUUUAGAAGAAAAUUUGAAUGCUGACGGGAAGCUCAAAGCACUGAAGUGUUCACGUGUAGGAAUGUCACAUAUUGAUUUUGUUCACGAGUUUUCGCUGCGCGGUGGGUUGGAAAACAUAGUUUUGCAGUACCUGUCAAACGAAGAUUUGUUUAAUUGCGCACUUGUGAACUCAAAAUGGUACAAUGCUGUGAUAACUGAAGUGUUGGGAAGAAAGGUAAUUUUUGAGCGUGAGAUAAUAUCGGAGAAGAUGAAAAUGUCCGCUUAUCAUGAGGACAUUGAAAACACUUCUCCAUUUCCUAUGAGUGGAAAAAUGAAAAUGAAAUUGAACUUGAAUCAAAGUUCAAGUUCACUGCGCAGCUUUUCAGAAACGAACGACGCGGAUAGAUCUGGAAGACUAUCGGAUUAUUUUCUAAAACCAUCUUCGCUUUCGAACACGAACUUAAACGAGUGUUCUACUAGCAAUGAAAAAGAAGGAAAAAAUUCAAAUCGUUCGCUGAAUCAGUCAUCUGCAAGCACUUCGAGUGUAUCCACAUGGGCUGUUUUCGCGAGGGAUUCUCGAGCUUCUAGAGAGGAUAAAGUGGUCAAGUGUCCUUCGUGUUGUGGCCGGGCGAUUGUGUUGGCAAUUAAAGAUGAGGGUAAAUGCGAGGGUGAGAUGUGUGGCUAUCAUUUUUGCAACAAGUGUGACUCACCCUAUCAUGGUGCUGAUCGUUGUCGACAGGUGGUUGUGUUGGAUGACUUUGUGUCUCCUUCCAAGUUCAGAAGCAGUUCGAGAAGUCUCAAUUCAACUGGCUCAGAGGGCAAUGCAAUGACUACCGACUCAGGUGGAACAAACCUGUGCAAAACCAAAUCUAAUUCGUCCAGCCUCAGUCUCUGUUCGAAAAAAGCUAGGAAAAGCUUACGUAGAUUGUGAAAAAUUGAACGAUGAAAAAUAUUCCUGUUUAAAUGAAAGCUACAAAGAAAUUGACAAGAUGAACUAAUCUCCAUAGAUUUAGCAAAGAAGUAUAAAAUAAAGCGUUGUCACGGUUUUGUUAUUGUGGAAAAUCACUGUUUUUUGUGGAAACUACAAUUUUUGAACUUGUGUUUGUGAUUUAAAUUUGGCAGUUUGUGAGGUUUAAAUGAUUUUUAUUGUAAAACAAACCUGUAAAAAACUGCUGUCCUUUUAAACAGUGCAAGUUUUUAACCUUCUGAAUCAAUAUCAAGUGCUUUUUAUCACGUGCAGUAAUUUGCUGUUUUGAAGUUUUCGGUUUUGAUUUUGUCAUCUGCUCGUCAUAGAAUGGUGGAAGUAGUUUCGUUGAUAUUCGUGUAACUCUGUUAUUAGCUUGAAUAAAAACUUUGAUAAAGGCAUGAAUAGCUAGCGGGCCACGCUGUUAA